UCCGCGGGGAGGGACAGCGGCACCCCGGGGGGCCGUGGAGGAGCCCAGCCUCGCCUUGCGCUGCGCUCCCCGCCUGUGCGCGCGCGGGGACGCGGCCAGGGGACGCCCAGCUGCAGGGCCAUGGCAGCGGGCGCGCUGUCCAGCUCCGUCCUGGUCACCUGCUGCCUGACCGUGGCUCUGUGCAGCCCCAGCCUCCCGCUGGAGACCUUGGCACAGGCGCCCGAGCUGCCCGGCCAGGAGAAGAGGGACCACGCGCCCCGGGACGCGCCGGAGAGGGACCCGGCGGGCGACGGUGGAGGUGGCCGGGACUGGAGGGGCAAAGGCGGCCGUGCGCUCUCCGGCCGGGAGGCUUGGAGCAAGCAGAAGCAGCAGCAGCAGCAGCAGCAGCAGCAGCAGCAGGCCUGGAUGGUUCCAGGCUGGGCGCCCCCAAGCCGAGAUCUGCAGGUUCGGUCCCGGGGAGACCUUCCGCCACCGCCGCCCCGGGAACCCCUGGCCUCCUCUGCGCCGCAGGGGUCCAACCUCCCUGAACUGGUCCCCACGCCCGAGCCGCUGGAGGAAUACGUGUACCCCGACUACCGGGGCAAAGGCUGCGUGGACGAGAGUGGGUUCGUGUACGCCAUCGGGGAGAACUUUGCGCCCGGGCCCUCCGCCUGCCCCUGCCUGUGCACCGAGGAAGGGCCACUGUGCGCGCCCCCCGAGUGUCCCCGGCUGCACCCUCGCUGCAUCCACGUCGACACCAGCCAGUGCUGCCCGCAGUGCAAGGAGAGGAAGAACUACUGUGAAUUCCGGGGCCAGACCUACCAGACCCUGGAGGAGUUCGUGGUGUCUCCCUGUGAACACUGUCGCUGUGAAGCCAAUGGGGAAGUACUGUGUACAGUAUCUGCAUGUCCACAGACUGAGUGUGUGGACCCUGUUUAUGAGCCUGACCAGUGCUGUCCCAUCUGUAAAAAUGGACCAAACUGCUUUGCAGAAACAGCCGUCAUCCCUGCAGGCAGAGAAGUGAAGACGGACGAGUGCACCAUAUGCCAUUGUACCUAUGAAGAGGGCACCUGGAGGAUCGAGCGACAGGCCAUGUGCACAAGACACGAGUGCAGGCAAAUGUAAGAUCGGAUAAGCACAGACUGAUUUUUUUUAGUAUAUUUUACGGAUGUGAAUAUUCUAAAGAUUCUGGGAAUUAUCAACCAAAAGGAGAAGAUCUUUGAUGAGGAAUAACGGAAAACUGUAUGUCCUUUUUCUUGCCUUGUAAAAUUUACUGCAAGAGAAGGAAUUGGAUGUGUUUCAAAAUAUCAAGAACUUUGGUCAAAAAUUCUUCUCUAAAUAAAUGUGCUAUUUUCACAGUAAGUACAUAAAA